GUAAAUUUUUCAAUACUUGAGUAAAAAGAGGAGAAGUAAAUGGAGAGAAAAUCUUUGUCAUUUUUCUUGAUGUUUGUGGUGAUCAUUGGGAUGCUGGUUGAGCAGUCCGAUGGCAUCUCCAUUCCUAGGGAAUUCGAGAAAUGCAUGAAGCCUUGUUUAAUUGACUGUACCAUUCCUCCAUGGCUGGUGGCUUGCCCAUUUCGAUGCCUUGCCAAGUGUAUUGUCCACCCAUUUGCGAAAAGCACUGACAGAACCCACCAGUUUUGUACUUUUGGUUGCGCCACCUCUAAGUGCUCUAAGCUCAUCUCCAAAAACAACUACCGUUUGGAUGAAGUGGAAGAUUGUGUGGAUGAAUGCUCACAAACAUGCGUCAACAAUUACGGGCCUGCAAACUGAUGAAAAGGGCAUUGAUUAUUAUUGAUUUGGCUCGAGAUAGAGAGUUCCUGGAGCUUAAGAAGAAAAUUCUAUCAAGACAUCUAAAUUUGAAAGAUUUCAAUGAAUAAUCAGUGUAGUUUGAGUCCCUUUAAA